AUGGGACAAUUAUACGAAAUUGACGUUCGAGGCAGAACUAGGGAAGGAGAUAAAGAAAUUCAUAUGUUUCUUAAACAUGUAAUCCCAGGUGAAGCAAUAAAAUCUCUUCUCAGUGUUGAUAUUUCUUAUUCAAACGAAGUAUUCUUUUACAAUAAAUUAUGUGAUAUCUAUAAUAGACUCCAAGAAAACGCAAAUAAUCAAGUUGUCAUCAAAAGAUUUUUUUUUAAUUUUCAGGGAGAAAACAAUCAAGAAGUCGUCGUUAUUGAUUACCAAUUCUUAUUUUAUAGAUCUCCAGUUACGGAUAUAAUGCAUUUCAUAUACACCGGUACAGACAGGAAAUUCCGUGAAGCACACAUGAAUGACUUAAAAGAUCUCUAUCAUAAAGAAUUGACAGAAUUUCUACAGUAUUUCGACUUAAAUGGAAAUGAUGUAUAUCCCAGGGAAGUUUACGAUAAAGAUUUUGAAGAUUCAUUAGAUUACGGUUUAAUGAUAGGGUUGUAUGUUUUACCGAUUAUAUUUACAGAAGAGGAUAAAUUUCCAGAUUUUGGUAAAGAGUCUAUAAAUAAUAUGUCUUUCAAAAUGAGUAACAGACAUAAAGAUAGGAUCACAGAAAUUGUUGAAGAGUAUCUGGAAAAUGGUAUUUUGAAUUAAGUAGCUUAUAAUAAAAUAUUCAUUUUCACUACUCUUGCUCAAAAACAGUGUCAUAUUACCACUCCACAG